CGCGUCAAUCUCCGAUGCGUGAAUCGGUACGGCGACAGUCCCCUUUCCGUGAAUCCGCCUCCGAAUCAGACUCUGGCUAUACUAUCCCGAUGAAGAAGAAAAUCGUUACUGAAAGCCGGAAAAAUUCGAGACCAGAGGGCGUCGUUAAAAAUGGGCUUUUUGUUUCUUCUUCUGAUCAAAAAGUCGAAAGUUCGAAGAAAUCGUCUACAGUGUCAGACAUCAAUGGGGUUAGAGGAAAAGAAGUCAGAUCAUCGAGGAUCUAUAUACGUUUCAAAAAGACCAAGCCCGAUGAAGCCGUAGAAGAUGGGGGUAAAGUUAUUGAGGUUGUUCAAGAUGAGGAGAAGAUUGAUGAGGUUAGAGACGAGGGAAAAACAAUUGGGGCUGAAGGAGAAGUGGAAGAACCGAUGCCCAAGACAUGGAAUUUAAGGCCAAGAAAGCCUAUAUGCAAGCCGCUGAACAUCAAUGGAGGAACAUCAAAAUUUGGUGGAUCUUCGGUGCAAGAGAAUAAAGCCCAAUUGCAUCAGGUGAACUCAGAUCGGUUGGAAUCAGAAGGGAAUGGUUCAGAAAAAAAGGAGAAGAAGCAGAAGUUCUCUAUUUCUCUUUCACGGGAAGAGAUUGAAGAGGAUAUCUUUAUUCUGACUGGAUCGAAGCCAGCAAGGAGGCCGAAGAAGAGAGCAAGGAAUGCCCAGAAAGCAGUAGAUAAUGUACUCCCUGGUAUGUGGUUGGCGUCAGUGACCCCGGAUUCAUACAAAGUCGAAAAUCCUUCGAAGGUAUAGUUUUUCCUUGUACAAGUGAUUCAAAAUUUUAUUUUGUGCUUUGUGGGCGAUUUGAUUUGUGGGUUUGAGAUGAUGAAUAUAUUCUAUUGCAGGGUUAAAUAAGUCUGUGACGGCUAUCCUUCAAGUGUUUUGUGGAAGUUUCAAGGUCAAUAACUUCCAAAUUUUGUGAUUCCAUUUGAAGGUAUUAGUAGCUAUAUUUCUGUAAAGAUGACAGAGAAAUUAAGUAUUACUUUUUGCUCUCCUUCUAUCUAUUUUGGGAUGGAGCUUCACUUAGUUGGAUGAAGAGGUUUUUGUUUCUCUGUGUUAACAUUUUAAAUAGUUUGCGAUGUACAUAAGAAUUAUCUUUCGAUUUAUUAGAG